AUGUCGGUGCAACCCUUGCUGAAUACGUCGUGGACGCUCCAUCGACUUUCUCCUCUGCAGCAUCCCGAGUUCCAGACCCUUCUUGGCAACCAGGUCGCUCUCAAGACGUAUGCGAACCGUUUACGCGAGCAACUCAUCGGCAACAGUGUCACGGGCGCGUAUAUCGGCACUACCCCGUUGGCUGCUGCUGCGGACGAGGAGGCGCUUUCCAAGACCGGCGCGCUCAAGGCGUGUACCUGGGAGCCCAUCGAUAUCCCCGACGAGGACGGCCAAUCGAGUAUCUCUGGGAUCUCGAUUGUCCUCGAGUACGAGAAUGCAGUCUACAAAGCUGCGCUGUUAGCGGGGCGAGACGGGCAAGGCAGUCGUGGGGAUAACGCGACGACCGCUCUCCCUUUACUCCUCACACGACUGCCGAACGCGCUGCGCCAGACGGUCACGACGUUUCUCUCUGCUACUUUCGACGUGUAUUGCGCGCUGCUCCGGCUGCCCCCUUAUUUCUUGUGUACGGGGCUGGAGAGGUAUCUGCAUAAUCUGACGGGAGGUUCUUCGGGCCCUGUCAUGGACCCUAGCAGCGAUCCGAGGUUCAUUCUAGAGGAUGUGGUGAAGGAAAUGCAGCUCACCCUGUCAUUCUCUCAACCAAUUGCACCCUCGCUAAAGUCACUGAAUGUCAACGUUCCUCGCGAGUCGUUCUCCCAAUUCGUCCUUCCCUCUACCAAUGCACCUGCCGCUAGCAAAACGCCCUUUUUAACGAGUCUUGGCACCUAUCUCGAGACCCAUCUUGCGAUGAAGCUCGACUUGGACGACUUGUCCGGUCAAAAAACCUUGGCUCAUCAAUAUAUCCGCCUUUCCAAAGUUGCGUGCAGUGCCUUUGUCCUCGGCACGGAAGGAAGACUCAAGCUGGUUGCAAACCUAGCCGAGGACGACGAUGACGAGGCAGCUCUCAGCCAAAAGAAUCUGCGUGUCUUGUCUGCGUGUAAGGAGCUCCUACAAGCCAUCAUUGACAGGGCGGCUGCAGGUGAACAUGCAACAACAUGA